UGCGGCAGUUCCUCACACCAUACCGCCCGGCCCGCGCACAAUAUGCGUAUCCAAUUUGUAUUUGACGUUCGUACAGUGACGUGCCGAGUCAUGUGAGUGGAGUGUUAUUUGGAUUACAUGCCUUUCGGAUAUUCCAUAUUUACAGGAAGGAUGCAAACAAAGAAUGUGAACAUCGCACCACUCAACAAUUGCAUCCAAGAACCUGUUGCUGAUGCGCAGACGGUGGCGCCUCCAUUGCCGCCGCGGACCCAAGCGCAAACUCCAGUCCGCCAAGUGUCAGCUGAGGUGGAAGGCUACGGGCCAUAUAAGCCGGUGCCGCCUCCCAAGCCCCUGACUGCUGCCCCCGCCUGCCACUCACCUCCACCCUAUAGGAUGCCCCCUUACCCUCUCUACAGUGAGCCUACACUACCUGGCACUGCAGGGGCAGAGCCACCCCAUUCCAACCUGCAUACCCAUUCUAGCAAAUUUCCAAUUGAGAGGGAAGUGAUAUUGAGCAGUACAGACAAGAAUUCCAAAAUCCCAAUUUUAAAUGAGUACCGCAAACGGCCCAAGGGUGCCAUAGCUCCAGAUGCGCCCCACAUACAGCUGGCUUGGACAGAAGAUAAACGGGGAAUGGAGCAGAUUCACUCCAACCCCCCAGACUCAGUUGGAGGUCAUCAGCUGUACAAGGCCCAGCCUAUGACUCUCCUGGACUCCAGCCGCACUUCUGAACCAUCUCCUAUCUCCCGCAGUCAGGACAACCUCAAUGGCUAUGCCAGUGGUCAAGGAACGUCCACGGGAGCAGUUCCACGUACACCAGCCGCCCAUUCCACACCAGAGGGAGAGGGAGGGCAGCCCAAACCCUUCCCCACCCGAACAUAUCACACCAUCAAGGGUAUGAUCUCCAGCCGCUUCAACAAACGCAGUGACAAAGUCGAGGAACUCAGUCCACAGAGCCAACUGAGACAGCAUGGAGUAUACCUGGCUAGCAGUCACACACCUGGUCCCUCCAGUGCUGAGAUUAUGAGACGCAACCAGGAAAUCCAGCGACAGAUCAAGGAACGGAAGGAGGCUCAGGAUGAUGGUGGUUUCCAGGAGGUGCCUAACCGAAACCAUGGAGGAAGCAUACGCCACCAAACCAUUGAGAUGGAAACUCCAAGGAGAGCAAUGCCAGAGCCUGCAUACCAGCUGUCACGAGCAGAACAUGAGAGGAUCGUAACAGCAGACAUGACACCCUCCUUAUCACACCAGAGGAUACCUCAGCAGAAUACAACCAGUGUGAUGCGUCCAGGGGAUGUCUACGGGAGAAUGCCCAGCAGUUACUACCAGGAUGGGGGAGGCUACGGGGUUCCAGGCACUAGAAAGAGUGUUACAGAUGCAGAGAACGCAAGGAAAAUAGACAUUGCAAGACGAGAAGAACGGUACCAUUUCCAGCAGAACCAACAAAGGCAUCAGCAGGCAGAAGAAAGGCUGGGAAAGGAGAUGGAGAAUAUGGGAGUAUAUGUCUCGAGAAACCCAGGGGAGGGACGGGUCUCAUCCAAAACACCAGAAUCAAGAACUCCGGACUUUAACAGAAGGACAGAUUUUAGUGAAAACAGAACGAUCUCACAGUCUGUUGAACGACUAAAUAGUGACAUCCGUGAAGUGAACGGUGUGGAAGUGUAUAAAAGUGAUAACGCGAGGGACAAAGAGGAGUGCAAGGAGGAACAAGAGGAUGAUGAUGAAGGAGGGUUCAAGGGAGGAGCUGGAUCAGACUAUGAAAAACUAAGGAGUGGGGGGCAAUCCGACUCAGGGAGGGGGAGUACUGUGUACAGCAGUGGGAAAGCAAAGACAGAACGAAAUGUAGACACCAGUCCAGAACCAAACACAGUUACAGGUCAUGGGGACUCUCAAUGGGUCGAUAUUGUAGAAUCCGAGCUUCGGCAUAUCCUGGACCCAAAACUCCACAUCAACAUCGCCAACUCCACACUCAGUGAGAGCAUUUCCUCGAUGACUCCUCCACUGCCCCCUCUCUCACCAGGUGGCUCCUCCGACGACUGUAGUCCCACCUACAAACACAAAAGCCUACCCUACAACAGUAAGCCUGAGUACAGUGCCAAAUCUCAAAGAGGACCAGCACCGGGACGUGCCAUGUGGAGUGCUAGAGUUAGCAGCAAGGACAAGUCGUCACAUCAUCGCUUGCCACCCAAGCCUUCAACAAAAAUGCCUUCUGCCUUACUAUGCAGUAGUCUAGAUCUGGACUCGAUGCUGGAUGAGGAGAACAACUCUAGUGAUGAAGAACUGAGCACAACCAUUGACACAGCGGAUACCCGUACCAUCCGCAAACAGUUGGAGGGUCUGGAGUCCAUGUAUUCUGAGGUGCUGAAACUGUUAGGUGUCAAAAAGCAACAUGGUCGCUAUCAACCAUCUGAUCCUCGUGUGAAUAAACGCAGACUCUAUGGAAGUCUAUCCUCCCUCCCGAGUUCUGUGAGCAGCCGACCAAUCAGGGAUAAGCGUCGCCACGAUCAGUCUGAGAGGAAGAAGGUCAAAGACCUUAAGGGUAUUAACAAGAGGUUCCAGAGGCUGGAAUCUCACGUUGUCACCCUAGCUCGUAGUGUUGCUCAUCUUUCUUCUGAGAUGAGAACCCAACACCUAAUGAUUCAGGAAAUGGAGGUGAUUCGUGGAGAGUUAGCUGCUCUGCGCACUCAGAGCAACAUGGCCGCCACACGUUCACAGUCCAUGCCGCGGACGCUCAACAGGCUUAGUGUGGAGCAGUCCAACAGUAAUCCUGAGCGUGUCAAGAAACUCACUAAGUUCUUCGGAGACGAGCCCCCACUGCUGAGGCUCUUCUUGAAAAAGUUAGGGUAUGAGAAGUACGCCACGCUGUUUGAGAACGAAAGAGUCGGAUUAGUGGAGUUGCCGUAUUUAACAGAGGAACGACUCCACAAGUUGGGGAUUCCUCUGGGUCCUCGGCUGCGGAUCAUGCAAGAGGCUCAACUGGGAUUCCCCAUUCACGACAACACCUUGUGCAUCGUGUGAUCUGCCAUAGCAAUAAACUGUUACACAUGGUGCAGUGCCUGUCUGUUAUAAAUCAUUAGUAGGCCUUAGAUUUAUUAAAAUACAAUACAGCGUGCUAAGUAAGUACCUCAUACGUUAAUGUUUGCAUCUUCAUCUUGUUACAAAAAUCACUUAUUUUUUCAAGUCUUAUUUCAUUGAUAAUUCAGCAGACUUAGGCAUGUAAUGUAUUUAAUUUUUAGGCAGAAGGAUAAGAAUGGCAUUUAAUUUUCCCAAGAUAAAGGGUAAUGAAUGUAUUUUUGAAACUCAAAUAUGUGUGCUCAUACUUUUUGGCAUAAAAAAUAUGCUUUUGUAUUUUAUACCAUGGAACCAAAGAUUUCAUGUAGAAGGUAUCUUUUUUUCAUAAAAUGUAUAUAGUGAGGCAUUAUUUUUAUAAUUAUUGAGAGUAUUUUAGGUUUAAAAAUGUUAAUAUUUAUAAGCUAAUAUAUUAAUACAUUAUAUACUGUAUUUGUGUAAAUAAAUUUUGAUUUAUUAUUUUGUUUUUUGCAGUAUUACUUUGAGUGUUUUUUUACAUAAAACUUGUAUAUAAUUUAAAACUAUGGAUAAGUGCCAAUAUGUAAUGUAAUUUGGCCAAGUUUUGUUACACUCCUUUGUACACAAAUGUUUUGUGACCUUAGUUCAUAAAUCGAUCACAAAGAAUAAAUUAUAUAAUAUAUAUUUUGUACUUUCA